CAGCUUCCUCUGAGUGAGAACAGCUACAGGAGAGAAAAGUGAAAACUAGAACUCUGCUGCUUCAACCUGCUGACUCUCCACACACUGAAUCUUCACUCAGAGACAAAAUGUCUUCCAGAUCAGAGGAGGAUCUCUGCUGUCCGGUCUGUCAGGACGUCUUUAGAGAUCCUGUUGUUCUGUCAUGUAGCCACAGCUUCUGUAAAGACUGUCUGAAGAGCUGGUGGAGACAGAAACAAACACGUGAGUGUCCAGUUUGUAAGAGAAGAUCUUCAAGGCAACAACCACCUUGUAACCUGGUGUUAAAGAACCUGUGUGAGUCCUUCUUACAGGACAGAGAUCAGAGAGCUUCAGAGGCUCUCUGCAGUCUGCACUCUGAGAAACUCAAACUCUUCUGUCUGGACCAUCAGCAGCCAGUGUGUCACAUCUGCAGAGAUUCAGAAAAACACACCAACCACAUAAUCAGACCCGUCGAUGAAGCUGCACGACAACACAAGAAGGAACUUGAGGAAACUCUGGAGCCUUUAAAGAAGAAGUUAAAGGUUUGUGAAGAAGUUAAAGUGAAGUUUGAUGAAACAGCAGAACACAUUAAGGUCCAGGCCCGACACACAGAGAGGCAGAUUAAGGAGCAGUUUAAGAAGCUUCACCAGUUUCUAGAAGAGGAAGAGGAGGCCAGGAUGGCUGCUCUGAGGGAGGAAGAGGAGCAGAAGAGUCAGAUGAUGAAGGAGAAGAUGGAGGCUCUGAGCAGAGAGAUAGCAGCUCUUUCACACACAGUCAGAGCCACAGAGGAGGAGCUGAGAGCUGAAGACGUCUCAUUCCUGCACAACUACAAGGCUGCAGUGGAAAGAGUCCAGCGCUGCCCCCUGCUGGAUGAUGCACAGCUGCCCUCAGGAGCUCUGAUAGACCAGGCCAAACACCUGGGCAACCUGACCUUCAACAUCUGGAACAACAUGAAGGAGAUGGUCUCCUACACUCCUGUCAUUCUGGAUCCAAACACUGCUGAUCCAGAACUCAUCCUGUCUGAUGAUCUGACCAGUGUGAGACGAGGAGAGAAACAGAAGCUUCCUGAUAAUCCAGAGAGGAUUGACUUCUGGUCUGUUCUGGGUUCUGAGGGCUUUAACUCAGGGACUCACAGCUGGGAUGUCGAAGUUGGAGACAAUACAGGCUGGUCACUGGGUGUGUUAUCAGAGUCUGUCCAGAGGAAGGGAAUCAUACAGUCUGGAUUAUGGGGAAUAUGGUUCUAUAAAGGUAAAUACGUAGCACGUUCACCAUCAGCUCAGCCCACUGAUCUCCCAGUGAAGAAGAAGCUCCAGAGGAUCAGAGUGAAUCUGGACUGGAACAGAGGAAAUCUGUCGUUCUCUGAUCCUGAUACUAACACACACAUACACACCUUCACACACACUUUCACUGACACACUGUUUCCAUACAUUUGCACUGUGGAUAAACUCCCACUGACGAUUUCCCCACUGAAGGUCUCUGUGACAGUGGAACAGAGCAGUUAGAGACGAUGAUGAUGAUGAUGAUGAUGAUGAUGAUGAUGAUGGUUCUUAUAAUUACUGUCAUUUAUUUCUUAAAGGGAAAAGUGGCUGAAUUUAACCUCUGAAGCUUCUGUCCUGCUGCUGUCUCAUUACUCCAAAAUAUGUUCAUGUUGUUUUAGUUGUUUUAUUUUCUGAUCUUUAUAGUUUGUGUCUUCAGCCUUAUUUUUAGUUUUUUAUUGAUACUGUAUCAUUUUCAAUAGUUGUUAAUGUUUUCUGAUGUCGAUGUGGAUCCAUGAAGACCAGCAGCCAAGAAUCAAUGACUGUAUGUUGAAAUUAUAGUUUUCAAACGUUAAAGGAAAAACUCACCGCUGUCAAUAUGAGGAUUUCUUUAAACUAGAUCACCUGUGUAGUAGAAAUGUGCAAUUAUUUUUGAAUUAGGUGCCCUUUGACUAUAGAAAACUAAGAACAAAUGUGUAGAUUAUUUAUACUGUUCUUAGGGGGGAAUCCUACAACAAUCAGAAUGCAUUGCAGACGUCACGUCCAAUCAGACUGACUCACGAUGUGUUUACGUCCAGCAGAGCACCAAAGACAAAGAAAGCAGAGACAAAGUUAGUGAGCAGCAGCAUAACAUCUCUUUCCUGAGGCUUAUUUUCAUUUACAAAACGUUUUUCUCUAUCGAGUCUGUUUUCAAAGGAUCAUAAAACAAACAGCACGCUGGAGUCACCUACGUUAUGUGGAUCAACUUACUGAGUGCUUCCAGUAGUUUGUUUGUGUUAGUGUUAUCACAGAGAAAGUCAGCUGAUGUUUGUGUGUCAGGCCACACUCUCGUCUGAUUACACUGUGCUGUGCUGUGUAAUCAGCGCACUGAUUCACUGAACUUAUUAAAAUAAACGUAUCUAUAAUGAUGGAUCAAGUUUCUCUGUGAGCUCUCUGGUUUUACUGCGGACAUACAGAGCUACUGUGGCCGUGUACAUACAAUCAACAGAUCAAUCAAUAAAAACAAAGCAGUUUUCUACCUGUAAACUCCUGAUACAGCCGACUGUAAAAAAACUAUUAAUGUCCAGUAUUUUGUGUUUAGUUUCUGUCUGAAUCUACUUGUUAACGUUAAUUAGCUCAGUGCAUGGUUAGCUAUGGAGGCGUCCCAACCGGGGAAACAGGUUUGGUUUCAGAAGUCAGAGUUUCUUCACCUACAAAGUGCUGAAGAUGUGCAGGACUUUUUUCAGCCAUGAGUCGUGUCUGCAGUCGUCCUCACACACCAGUGGACGCUGGUCCAUAGAGGCAGAGGAGGUUGUUCCUCCUCUAUUUUUUGAGAGGCAAG